AUGCUGGCGCUGGAGCUGCUGGGCUUGGCUUGGCUGGCCGGGGUGGCGAUGGGGCAGAACGAGACGGAGCCCAUCAUCCUGGAGGGCAAGUGCCUGGUGGUGUGCGACUCCAACCCGGCCUCGGACCCGACGGGCACGGCGCUGGGCAUCUCGGUGCGCUCGGGCAGCGCCAAGGUGGCCUUUUCGGCCAUCCGCAGCACCAACCACGAGCCGUCGGAGAUGAGCAACAGGACCAUGAUCAUUUACUUCGACCAGGUGAGAGACCCCGCAGGAAAUCGGAGGGCGUCGGUAGGGUUUUGCUCUUUGCUGAUAAGGGAGCGUGAAAGGGGGUGUUCUCGGGGUGACUGCGUGGAGGGCAUGAGUGGGUGUGGUAGAGGGAAGGGGCGCUGGCUUUGGAGCAAUUGCCCCUCUUUCCAUUCCCCCCACCCAAGAAAAUACCCUCUGAGCCGUCCGCAGAUCAAUCCCGGGUGCAUAGACGGUUGUAAGCCACCGUCUUUAGAUGUUCCCCGAAGAGAUUUCGAAUUGCCCGUGGAAACUUUAGUGGAGGGGAGUGCGCGUAAUCGUGGGGUGGGGUAAGAGCUGUUACUGGCUGGGCUGGCUCCAUGAUCUAGUAAGAAAUCCGCAGGCGAGGAGGGACCGCGUGGCGUCUCCAGAUGUGGUUCGCGGUCUAGGUUCCAGGGAGAGGGACGGGUGUGUUUCUCACUCUGGAGUGCCUCCAUCCGUCUCUCUUUAAAGGAAAAAAACUUAAUCUGGGCCGGCGACAGAUGGCCACGUUUCCGGGGAAUCCAUCCAGCCGCUGGCGUUUUCAAUCUUUCUCCCUGAUUUCUCACUCUGCUCUGCCUUUCCCUUGUAGGUACUAGUGAAUAUCGGACUGAACUUUGACUCUGAGCGGAGCACUUUCAUCGCGCCCCGAAAGGGGAUCUACGGCUUUAAUUUUCACGUAGUCAAAGUGUACAACAGGCAAACCAUCCAGGUCAGAGAAUGCUGGUUUUGCUUGAGACACUUGCCCUUUGUGGCAUGCAAGAUUGUGUGAGCAUCUUUGUGUAUAUGCCCGUGUCUUACUCCAACUGCUGCAUGCAUUUAAGGUGGGAUAAGUUCCACGGAACUUAGCAGGGCUUACUUGGGAACAACAUGCAGAGGAUCAAGGCCUCCUGAUCAAACUUUUAAUACUGGAUUUUGUACAGACCCAUGUGUCUAUUUAGCUACCCAGACUAGCAGUAGAUCUGCAGGAUUUGAUAUGGGGAGGGGGUCUUUUCCAUCCUUACCUAAGGAACCUGGACCUUCUGCUUGCAAAGCGGAUGCUAUAGCCCUCCCCAUCUUCCAAAUAACUUUAUUGUGUCUUUAAAAUUCAGAACGAAAUGAAGUAGGACAAGGAAGGGGCAAAUCCCUCCCCUCCCCCCCCGUGCACGCAUAACAAUUAAAUCCAGAGGCACUCCCACAACAAACAACAGAGAAAACAUGAUUCUAUGUAAUCGGGCAUACAAAAAUCUCAUUGAGCAUCAAUGCCCUUCAUAAUCAGGGCCCAGCCUUCCAAACAAAAUCCAGAAUGCCACAAUCAAAGUGAGCAAAUCAGAAUGUUUUCCCAUCUCCCCAUUCAUGGCAUUGAUGCUACCAACCAAGAAUGCAACCCAGAGCAUGUUUACUUGGAAAUAAACCCCAUGGAAUAAAAGCAGGCUUGAUCCCAAAUAAAUGUGCCUAAUGAUCAGAUUGCUUUAAAGAGUGCAAUUCAAAAACAGUUUGGGGUUUUUUUCUUCCAUUUUCUGCCCCAUCUUCCCUCCCAGCAGCUGAAGGCAGUGUACCUGGUUCUUCCACCUCCACCUCACUGUUAAUAUUAUCACAUCAACCCUGCGAGGUUGGUUUGCUGGCCCAAGGUCACCCAGGAUGCUUCAUGGCUAAGAAGGGAUUUGAAUCUGCAUCCCAUACAAACUUGUGCAGGAUGAUCAAACCUAUCAUCCCACACCAAUAGCUUUCUUUUGAUCUAAUAUUAUGCUCCCCCCCCUUGCAUUCCACUCCCUUUGUGGUCUGUGAUCGUCUGAAGGAUUAGGCUUAAAAAUAUGGAAAAUCUGUACAUCUGAAUUUAGACUAAACAUGUAAAAGUAUUAACCCUGCAAAACAUCUAAGUCACAUUCAGUGGAGGGGGGCAAAUUCUAAUAAUAAAAAAGGAGGUUGGGGAUGAAAGCAAGUUCAGUAAACAAAACUACUUUUGAAGACCAACUUAUUUAAAUUUCUAGAUAGAGAUAUAAAGAAUGGUUUUCUACCUUGCUCAGUUUAAUACCCUCCUUAAAGUGUCAUGUUGUGUGACUUGGGUGAUUUUUUUUAUUCCAUUUGUGCUUCAGAAAUCCACAUUCCUGCUUCUUCCCCCAAUACUAACUGCUGCCCACAUGCUACAUAAAGUUUUAUAUGUCAUAAUCCUUACUUUACAACCUGUCAGUCUCACUGUAGUAAUUUAGGAUGGGGACUCGCUCACAGGGCUGAAAUUGAAACCGUCUUUCUCCAGUGGCUUGGGAGUCGCCUCUAUCUUAUUUAUCCUAGAAGUACGGUACCUUAUCAGGUGGGGGGUGGGAUUGGCCUUUCUGCUGAUGGGCUGGGCAUUUUAGACCUUUCAGAAGUCUCAGCAGAUCCGUUUGGGGGUUUAUUAGCUGAAUGAAGGUUGACAGAACAAGGAAUCUUCCCUCCCAUGGGCCAACAUGACUGAGUUAUCUGGUUGCAUGUUUCCCCAAUAUUACACUGCUCCCACUUUCAUAACAUCAUGGGGAUUGGUCUGAAUGAGUCAUCUGAACAAGGGCAUUGCCUGUCCACAGGCUUAUUGGUGUGGAGUAAAAUAGGAUAUGGUAUCCAACAGCCUGAAUACUGUGCAUUGAUCAGAUUGGACUCCUAAACCAUUUCUCCUAAACUGUUUAUCAUGAAUACAUUUCUAUUAUUAUUAUUUAGACUGUAUUUGUCCAUGUUUCUAGCUAUAGGUCAAGAUCUAUGCCUGAAUCUAUUUUUGAAUGACUUGGGUGAUCCUUUGCAGUUUUUCCCUAGCUCUUUGAGUUUGGUGGAUUUUAGGCCAACACAUUUAGCCAAAAAUAUGUGUGCCAUACAGAAAACAUAACCUACACAUCAUAUUUUGUGUAGUUACCCACUUGGGUCCAUUAAUUCCAGUAGGUUUGUUCUAGGAAGAGUAGGUGAGUCGGUGUAUAUGUAAAAGUGUGCAAAUGCAUUUUUUUUCAUUAGAUGUACAGUUUCUGCUUUAGAAAGCCCUAACCGAGUCUUUGUGGCGAGCUGAUUUCUACAUCUACAGCUACGACUGCUCUGUUUAAGGAGGAACGAAGGCGGACUGCCCCACUUUCCUUUUGUGAUGACCUCUCAGUUUCUGUUUUUAGGCAGCUGAAGAGACAUAGAGUGGUGGUGGCGAAUUAUGGCCUGGAUAAAAAAUUAGGAGAGUUGGGGGAGAGGGGGCCCCCUCCACCAUAAUUUGAGCAAUGCUUUAUUCUGUAUAAAUUUAGAUCCACUCUUAAAUCAGCUUCAAAAGCUAUCAGUCACUGUCACAAUGCCAAGAUGGACAGCUGAUCGAUCUAUGCUUUUAUGUCCAUCUCUAAUUACUGGUGGCUGUGUUGUUUGCUGUGGUUGUAUCUGAAGGAGCUGGAUAAAACCCACUAUCUCCCUUGCUUAGGCAGGCAGAAGGCUCCCGCUCUGUAGGAUGCAGAUUGGCUCUGUCAGGGAUUCAGCAUCUUUGCUGCUUCACAAAUGGAUAAGCUGCCCCCCUUGAUGAACUUCAGAGAUGCUAGCCAGAGCUUGAAUGCCUUUAUCUCUUUCUUCAGUCUCUGAGGUUUUUUUGGGGGGGGGCUGGAGUGUGUGUCCAGUUUUCCUGAAGGACAAGCAGCCCCUCAUGAGUGGUGUGGGGAGAGAGAGAGAAGCAUCCAUCUGAAAGGGUUUCACCCUAGAUUUUGAGCCAUGCCCCAUUUUUCCUCACGGGCAACUUGCCCUUAGAUAAUCAGAUCUACAUUUAAUUUUUUUUAGAAAAAAUUGUGAUUGUGGUGCUGUAAUAUAUUUAUUUGUUCACACAGCACUUUGAGGUCUCUCCAGGGUGGGUAGGCAAGCAGCAUUUACAUUUAAAUAUAGUAAUAUUUCUAAAAAAUGUUUGAAGGAGGGGGUUAUGAGGAUAAUUACAGCAGUGGUGAAAAACAAAAGCACUCUCUACUGCUGAAUCUGGAGGAGCACAAUUAAUCUGAUCUGGCAGCAGAACGGACGGUACCUUUCCUUUUCUACAAAAAAGAGAGAGAAGGAAAUGGAACAAUGCUAACUGGAGGUCAUUCCUAGAAAGUUUGGGAGAGUGACAUCAUAACACUCAGCUGCCAGUCCUUAGAUCUGCAGCCUUUUCAUUUAUCCACCCAUUUUGCUUUGUGUCUUUGGCUGAUAUACAUGGCUUAUCCUAUAAGAUUUCCUCAUGCAUUGAAGAAGCAAGGUUUCCUUCCAUGCUUGUCAUGACAAUAUAGUCUGGGAUGCUAUCGGAAACAUUCUGGCUAAUACCCACCCCCCCUUCCUCUGUAAUCUCGGUGCAAUGCUACUCAGAAGGAAGUCCCAUUGAGCUCCCGUCCCAUUGAACGCCUAAGAUUUUGCAGCCUCAGGCUGGAAUCUGAUGCAUACUUUCUUGGGAGUAAGCCCUACUGAACACAGUGGGACACCUCUGAGUAAACCUGCAUGGGAUUGGGCUGCUGAUGUUCACUUGUUGCAAUCCUGUGAAAGAAAGAAAGAAAUUCUAAUAAACAAUUAGUGGAGGUAGGGGGAAUUCAUUUCACCAGGUGCUUCCAACUGGGGAAAAAAACCCUGCCAGCCAUUUCUGUGAAUUUGCCUGCUGCCUCCUUUUCCUUUCAUUGAUGGGGACUUUGUCUUUCACUUGCUUUUCAGGUGAGCCUGAUGCUGAACGGGUGGCCAGUGAUUUCUGCCUUUGCCGGGGAUCAGGAUGUCACCCGCGAAGCCGCCAGCAACGGGGUCCUGAUCCAGAUGGAGAAAGGAGACAGAGCUUAUUUGAAACUGGAGAGAGGAAACUUAAUGGGGGGUUGGAAAUAUUCAACCUUCUCUGGAUUUCUAGUAUUCCCUCUUUAA